AUGUCGCAGGCGUGCAAGAUGGUCGACAACAUUAGUCAACGCCGUGCGUCCUUACUUCGGUCAUACGGGUUCGGUUUUAUGCUCAACCUGCAGAUUCACAGGGACGACGUCAAGAGGGUGUACGGCUUGCCUAGGGGUGAUAAUAACGUCAAUCUUGACAUCUACCGCCGGCGCAGUAGAAAAUGUUGGGCCAUAAAUCUCGAGAUUGACAAGGAUGGGUUGGGUUGGAUUGAUGUAGUUGAAGAAUGCGAUGAGUAA